AUGUCUCAAGUCUUUGAAUAUACUCAUCCCAUAAUAAACAACGACUUGGUCACAAACACAAAUAAUCCAAACCCAAGAAGGUUCCCCACUUUGCAAUCCUGGUAUAAUGUGAUCAAUGACUACGAAUUCAGGUUUCGUUGUCCAAUCAUCCUGAAAAACUCUCAUAAAAAUAAACACUUCACUUUCGCCUGCCAUCUAAAGGAUUGUGAUUUCAAAAUCCUAUUGAGUUAUUCUGGUGUAAAUAACACUUUCAACCAUAACCAUAAUCAUAACAAGAAUAAUACUCUUCAUAAUAAUUCUGUUCUGGAGUCUCAACUAGUUACUUUAGAUGAUAUACCAAUCAAAAAAGAUCCUAUAACCAAUAAUAACAGUCAUACAAUCACCACUACCGCUAAUAACGCCAAUGUCAACACCAACACAGUUACAGCCACAGCCACAGCCACAAAUUUAAGUGAUAAUGAACACGAUGAUGACGAUGACGAUAGCGACGUUGAAACUAUCAAAAAAUACACUGAUACUGACGCACAUGACCCUGAUUCUCAUGAAACUGAUCCUCAUGUAACAGCUGCAAUUGCUGCUGCUGUCGCUGCUGUUGAAGAUUCUACUAAUACCAACUCUAAUUCUAAUUCUAAUUCUAACUCUAGCUCUAGCUCGAAUUCAACCUCUAAUUCUAAUUCUUCUUCUUCUACCUCAAAUCAUACUUCUGACUCUACCUCCAAUCCAGAAUCUAAUCACUUUGAAGACCAUUUUAAUUCUCAUAACGAUCUUGUCCAUAUAUCUGAUACACUCAAUGUCAUUAAAGAAAAUUAUUAUGAUAAUGGUACCACCACUACUUCUACUACCACUGAUGACGACAUUAAUUCCUUUUUAGAGACAUCAGUCAAUUUUAUAACUGAAAAUCCAAUAAUCGGUCCCUUUGUGGUCACAAAGAUCUUCCCUUACCAUAACCAUCCACUAAAAGAUAAUAUGUCUUUGGAAAAAUUUGUUUUAACUAAAAUACCAAAAAUUUUACAAAAUGACCUCAAUUUUGAUGCUAUCCUGGAAAAUCUCUAUAAGAAGGGCAACAACUCAAUGAAUAAAUUUAAAGUAUCACUUUUUGUUACCGAUUCUGGCCUAUUGGACAUCAUUAAACAAAGGUACCAUAUCGACGAUAAAUCCAUAACGAAAGAGUUUCUAUCCUUAAUCUCAAGAAGAGUCACCACUUAUAAAGCCAGAUUUGUCUUGAAAAAGAAAAAAAUGGGUCAAUACCAUGAUCAAUCUACAAAUAUUCAUUUGAUACACCAUAAUCCCCAUGUUCAUAACACAAAUGUCCAAUCCCUUACAAAUACUGGUAUUACUACCAUGACCACCCCUCACUCCUCUUCUCCCUCAUCUGCCAUUGCCAUUGCAAACGGCGCCGGCACUGGUACCGGUACCGCUACAACUUCCACUGCCACUGAUCAUAGUAUAAAUAGACAUAUGGCUAACGGUGAUGAUACUGUCACAGCUACCACAGCUGCCACCAUCACCACUACCAGUAACUCAAUAACUGAUGACCAUUCAUUGUUAGCUAAUCUCAAGCAUACUAAUGAUCUAGAAGAACAGUUGGCAACAAAUCAAGCCCUAUUGAACGUAACCAAAAAGAUUCUAUCACAUGGCAGUGACCAUGCAACAACAACUGCAACGGCAACCGCAACAGACACACCUAAUAACCACACAGAUAGAGUUAGUUCAAAACGUUUAAAUGAAUCUUUGCUAUCUGAUCAAACUGUUAUAGAUUUACAUAGUGCCUCGCAUGUUAUCACUCCAGAUCUACAAAGUGCUGCACAAGCCGCCAUUAACGAAGCAAUAGUAUUGAAGAGAAGAUUGACUAGUGAUGAAUCAGACUUGGACCCCUAUAAACGUUCAAAAGUAAAUAAUAACAAUAAUAACCAUAGUCAUAAUCAUACCAAUAAUAGUAACUCUACAUCACAAUUAGACGAUAUUAAUAUAGGUGAUAUUGGUGAUGACAAAUUACCACAUGAGGUGGCUGAACAAUUAAGACUAUUAUCCUCCCACUUCAAAGAUGUUGAUGUUGGUCAGCCGACAACAAGUGCUACUACUGUUACCACCAAUUCUAACAACAUGGUACCUACUACAGGCACCAAUGGCACACAUCCAGAAGACGAUCUUCAUCAUACAUUUGAUGAUGAAGACGAUAACGAGACUGAUGAUACCCAUGGGCAUAGCAAUGAUAUACAUAAUGGUAUAGUAGCUGCCAAUGAUUCACACAUAUUAGAUGAGAAUAUUCAACCUGAAUUAAGAGGACAGUAA